UAAAUCAAUAUUUGGGGGAAAAAAAACAAGGAAAUUAAGUAAAAGUGAGAGAAACAGGACAAGGAUGUUGCCGUUGAAUUAAUCCAUCCAUCCAUCCAUUCUCUGAGCCACUUAUCCUCACAAGGGUCGUGGGACUGUUGGAGUGCUAUCCCAGCUGUCAUUGGUCAGGAGGCGAGAUACACCCUGAGCUGGUUUCCAGACAAUCGCAUUGAAUAAAUCCAUCCAUCCAUUUUCUUAGCCGAUUAUCCUCACGAGGGUCGCGGGAGUGCUGGAGCCUAUCCCAGCUGUCAACGGUCAGGAGGCAGGGUACACCCUGAACUGGUUGCCAGCCAAUCGUAUUGAAUAAAUCCAUUCUUAAAAUAUGAAAGCACACAUGAAAAUGAGACGUGAAAAGUAUUUUGACUAUUUUAACGCAAAAGCAAACUAAAGGUAUGACAGUGAGGCAAAGUAUUUCAUAAGCUAUCUUUUUUUUUUGGGUGGGGAUAACAGGAUGAGAUUGAGUAAUUUGAAGAUCUAAGAUCGUAAUUUAAAACUUCAUUUUUAUUUUGUUUCAUGGAGAGAGAAAAAAAGUCAUGAAAAUUGAGUUAGUCAACCAAAGCCGUGCAAAACAGCAGGUGACGGUAGUGCGCGCUCACAGUCUGCAAACUGCGGUUGAGCACGAAGAAGAAGACAAAGCAGACGAAGAAGAAGAAGGCGGCGGCGAGGAAGAAGUCUAGCACCUCUUGUGUCUCGAACAAAAGACGUGUUUCAAGUCGCUUAGCUUCUUUAAGCUUCGUCGAAGAGACUCCAGACAUGUGUAAAGUCACAAUGUUGAGGGAGCUGGUGAAGCUCAAGCUAAACCUGGCCGUCGAAGAGAUAUUCGAGCUGUUCGAGAGAACCAUCGCCGAAUACGAGGAAGCGAACGAGCGGCGGCAUCGUCUGCUCCUGGACGCCGUCCUCAAACCUCGUGUUCGAUUGCAAAGAGCAGGUGCGCAGCUCGUGCCGGAGAAAAAAGAAGAGGCUUCUGCCGACGAGCAGGAGGAGCCGCCGGCGAAGAAAAGGAGGAACGUCGGGACGAGAAGCAUGAGCGCAAGCAAAUGUAAGGCAACAGAAGCCAACGAGCAACGUGGCGAAGAUUUACAAUUCAAGCCAGAAGGCUUGGCUUCGGUAUCCGAUACGGAUGACAAUGAUGGCGACGACGCCAAAGAACCUUUGGAGACUCCGGAGAAGCUAAAGUGCUCCGGGUGCGGUGAAACGUUUGUCCGCAAAGAAGAUUUGGAGAGACAUGCCAAAACACACACCGGAGAGAAAAGCGCAGUUGUGACUGACCCAUUCGCCACCAAGUCCUUUAUCUGCUCAGUUUGUAUGAUAAGCUUCCCGAGUCGAGAGUCUCUCAUAUCGCACUUAAGAGGACACACCGUAGACAAACCGUCCCCCAGUUCCAGUCAAAAAGUGACGACACAAGACAAAGGACAAACUGGUGAGGGCGUACAAUCCCAACCGGACCACUUGGCUCCGAUAUCGGAUAUAGAUGACACGACUGGAAACUCUUCCGACGCUGAUGACAGUGACUGCGCCAAGAAACCUUCGGAGACUAACAAGAAGUUGAAGUGCUCUGAAUGCGGCGAAACGUUUGUCCACAAGGAGGAUUUGGAUCGACAUGCGAAUACACACACUGGAGAGAAACCGUUGAGUAGCACAGUCGUCAUCAAACCGUCCUUCACGUUUAAAUAUUUCAGCUGCUCAGUUUGCCGGAAAACCUUCACCAGUCGAGAUUCUCUCACAAAACACAUGAACGUACACCCUCCCGAGAAACUGUUGGCCUCCACGAGUUCGAGUCAACAAGUGACAACGGAAGCCGAUGGACAACGUGGGGAAGGUCUCCGCUCCCAACCGGACAUCUUGGUUCCAAAAUCAGAUCUGGACAACAAGACUGCAAACUCUUCCGACUCUGCUCAAAAACAACCUUCGGAGAUGAAUAAGUUCAAGUGUUCUGCGUGUGGUGAAACGUUUCCGCGCAAAGACGAUUUGGAGAGACACGCCAAAACACACGCUGGGGAGAAACCUUUGAAUAGCGGCAUUAUGACCAAACCACUGAAGACUUUUACAUAUUUUACCUGCUCGGUUUGUCGGAAAAGUUUCACGAGUGACGACUGUCUCAAAGCACACAUGAACGUGCACGGCACUCUAGUUUCAGGACUGGCCUCCGGUAGCUCGACCGAGAACGUACCAAAAGCGGGUAAAGAUAGGCACACGCUGAAAAUCGUACGCGCGCGAAGCGCCGAAGAACUGAAUUCGAAAACGGACAACUCGGGCCCGGUACCAGAAAAGGACGACGCGACGUCAGACUCUUCUGACUCCGAUCCCGGUGACGCCGCCAAAGACGCUUUGGAAACCAAGAAGAGGCUCAAGUGUUCGGAAUGCGGUCAAACGUUUGUCCACAAAGGAGAUUUGGAUGGACACAUGAAGACACAUGCUGGAGGGCAACCGUCCAAUGGCACAGGUGUCACUCAACUGUUCUACACUCUUAAAUCUUUCACCUGCUCGGUUUGUACGAAAAGCUUCCCGAGUAACGACAGUCUCGCGUCCCACAUGAGCGUACACGACGGCUUGAACGCGUCGGCUUCCGCGAGCUCAAGUCAACACGGGACGAUAGAAGCCAACGGAGAGCACUGUGAAGUUCUAGAAUCCGAACCAGAGAGCCUCUUUGCUCCAAUAUCCGAUUCGGACAUGACGUCGAACUCCUCUGACGGCGAAGACACCAACGCAUCUUGGGAGACCAAUCAGAGCUCGGAGAACAAACAACAUCACUGUUCCCAGUGUAGGAAAACAUUUACCACUGAAAACGAUUUGAAAAAUCACAUGGUCACGCACACCACGAAACCUUUCUCUUGCUCGAUUUGUGAUAAAAGAUACUUAAGGAAGAGUCACCUGAUGAGGCACAUGAAUGGCGUACACGGACAGGAGAAACCCGGGAAAUCGGAAGCUGGCGAAGGAUCGCAAGCGGACAGCGCCACGGAACCCGGGAAGUCGAAAGCUGCUCGGAAACGGAGCAAAGACAAAAAACCCUUUAAGUGCUCGCACUGCGGGAAGAGGUUUGUCCUCAGCGGGUUUUUGACCAGACACUUGGCAGUCCACAAUCUCGAGAAGCCUUUCGCUUGCCAAUUUUGCGAUCAGAAGUUCAGUUUUCAGGAGGCUUUGGCCAAACACAUCCAGCAGCUGCACUGACAAGAGGCCCUCCUUUCCUGUUGGGCCCGUCCUAGAAAAUUCUCGGACAGGACUGGACGGGGAUGGCGCCCCGAUUGUUGUUGAGCAAACAUUCCAGCGCAAUGUGCAUUGUGAUAAAGAUACAGUACUUAAAAACAAGUCCGAAACCAACUCCGCUGAAAACCUCGGUCUUUUUUGGGGGGGGCUAUUUCUAUUCAUACAUUUUCCGAAAUUUUAAACACGCGCCGCAAGUCAGAUCAAGUGGUUCUGCUUGUUACCUCUGAGGUCUGGUGUCGGAUCUUGACUUGGGCCUUGAGCUGCAAACCCGCGUGGAUUGGUUUUAAUGGGACCAAAUGGUGGUUCUAUGCGCUUUUCGAUUAACCGGCGACCAGUAAUUCUGGACCCUGCAAGAUUUUAUGAUUGAUGUAAGUUUUUGUUUUAAGUUCAUCUUUAUAUCAAAAGCCAUCCCGAUAAAUGAUUCACAAAAUACAGUAGAAAACAUCGAUGUACAGAUAAUUUGCUGGUCUCCCUAGCAACAGCCAAGACUGGCUUCACUUUGACUCGGAUAGUUGACGCCUAAAAGGAUUUUGGAAGCCCCCCAAACAUUCUGAAAGACAGGACUUGCCACCCCCCCCCCCCCCAUCUGCUGAGAGAGGGCCGAGGAAUGGACAUUCCAGGAAAAAGAUCAGGACUUUUAGUUUAGACCCACUUUUUUUUUUUUUUUUUUUUUUUAAUUUGUUCAUCUGAAUGUUCAGUCACAUUAAUGUACAUAAACAAGCGCUCAAACGGUCAUCUGUUUUAAGACCUUAAUGUUUCACAGGUCAUCUUGUUUGAUACGAGAUCCUAUUUGUGUUUUAAAAACUUCCUGCAAAGUGUUAAUUCCACACAAAGCAGUUUGCAGAGGGAUUAAUAUGGUGAGAUACUUUUUUUGAGAAAUUAAGAUAGUGGAAUCUCAAAUUUCAUAUAGAUACGAAUCUGACCCAAACUACGGGGUUGAUGGACGAGCUACUGUGUGCAUAGAUUUUAUGUAAGAUAAAUUCCCUCCUAAAUCUGAGCUGUUGCGUGGAGUUUUGGGUGACAUUUCGUUCGUUCAUGUUUCAUCUUUUCAUACACCAUAUCCCUUGUUUGUGUACCACUCUUGGGGACUCUUCACUCUUUAUCUGUAGUUCAUACAUUUUUUUUUUAAAAAAUAAAGAACAACAGUUUUGUUUAAGUGUGGCCUUUGUACGCUAAAUAAUUUUGUGUUCGUUAUUUCAAGAAAUAAGAUUGAACUGA